AUGAAUUCAAGCGAAGACACUUCAAUUAAUUAGAGCUGGAGGGAAUCUAGUGACAAACUUUUGCAAGAUGAUGCAAGGGACAAUAACUCUAUUAAUGCUGAGAUAAACGAGGAAAAAAUUGGUCUAAAUCCAUUCUAUAAGGCAGGGGGAAACCCCACAACAUAAUGGGACAGCACAGUCCCUACUGUUAUUGACAUUAAUAGCUUGAAAAGAGAUGGCCUCGGUCCGAGAUAAAUAGCAGCUUACGCUGUUGGACAUUUUAAUAAUGACCUUAGUGGGUCUAUUUGGUUCACUUAUGUGCUAUAUUAUGUUCAAGAGGUAGUCGGUUUGGAUCCAGUUAUAGCAGGAUUCGUUAUGUUAGUUGGAUAAGUUGCUGACGGUAUUAGUACUCCUAUAGUGGGCCUUGGAAGUGAUAGAUGUAAAACUAGAAUCGGAGCCAGAGCCCCCUGGUAUCUAGCAGGAAGUAUUUUAGUAAUACCAUCUAUCUUUUGUUUGUUUGUAUACCCUGAACUAGACCAAACUUCUGAAGUUUAUUACUAUAUUGCUUUGGCUUCAACUUUUAACAUUGGCUUUGCCUGCGUAUAAAUAUCAAAUAUGGCAAUAGUAAACUCAAUAACUUUUAGUUCUCAAAGAAGAGAUAGGCUUAUUUCUCUUAGAAAUGGCUUUACUUAUGUUGCUAAUUUUACUGUGCUAACUUCUGCCCUUAUUAUUUUUGUCCUUCUAAGAGAUUAAAUAUGGCAAUUCAGAGUACUUGGAUUUACGAUUGCAGUAUUUGGAACAUUGACAAGCAUUUUCUAUUUAAUAUCAUUAAGAGAACCUUUUCUUGUCAAAGAAGCUAAAAGACUCCAAAAAGCAUUCAAAAAGAUUAAAAGCCCUGAUUUUGAGGCAGAAAAAAGAUAAAGAGCUUUAACAUAAUCAAGAUCUGACAGUCAUAGUGGUAUAAUUAAACUUUGGUAUCAUUGGCUUGCUGAAGGCUAGUUCUAUAUCUACGGACUCGUUUAUAUGAUGACCAGGAUUGCAGUGAACGUGACCAUGUCAGUACAACCUUUUUAUUUGAUUACUGUCACAGGAUUUGUAAAAACUGAAGAAAAUCCUACUCCAAUCGCUUUGGCUCUUGUCCCACUUGUAUCUUACAUUACUUCAAUGAUUUUUUCGCUAUUUUUCUAUAAGAAAUUGAUGAAUCUAUUACAGAACAGAUUCAUACCCUUCUUUGUUUCAAUUAUAGUAAUUUCUUUGGGAUCCAUUCCUUACAUCUUCUUGAAUAGCGACCCAAAUCUUUAAUGGAUGGUUUAUGUACUCUCUUCAAUUCAAGGUCUAGGUCUCGCAAUCAUGCUUAAUACUGCCACUAGUCUGAUCUCAGAUGUUAUCGGGAAAGAUGACUCUAGUUCAGCUUUUGUUUACGGUGCUUACAGCUUUUUUGAGAAGAUUACAAAUGGUAUUUUGAUCUUUCUAGUGACGGCUUACUACAAUUAAAGCGAACAACCUCUUAGGCUAAUCAUCGGUAUAACUCCAGUUCUUUGCUCAGUUAUUGCUUUUGCUCUAACUUAUCUAGGAAAGGUAUUUUACUCAGAAAAAAUGGGUAAGCUUUCACUUAAUACAAAAAAAUGA